UAGCUACAACUCGACGAAAAACCAGUGGUUAUGUGCCGUACGGUGACUACAAUAUUUAUUCUUCGUUCCAGACUACAAUUUUUCACGAUAGACUAUUGUAAUUGCUUUUAUUUUGUUCAAUUCAUCUUGCUUGAUCAAGCCUGCAGAAAAUUGUCUUAUAUUACUAUGUAAAUUACUUCCAAAAUGCGGGAAGAAGUGAUUCAAGUAGACAAUUUAGCAUUUGAUGUCGACGGACGAUUGCGUAUCUAUAGAGUAUCGCCUCCUCCGCCACCUUCCAGGGCGGAAUCCUCUCUGAGUAUACAAUUCUCUCUUCCUGGCUAUGUAGAAGAAGAAACGCACGUAGAAGACGAAGACACCGAAAGUCUUCCACCACCACCCUCUUACCUAGAUUGCACCAUACCUCCUCCCGUAUAUGACGAUUUGUAUCCUGCGCCUAGACCUCCAAAAUCACCAAAACGAAUUACAAGGAGAACAUGGUUUAAAAUGAUUUCAAUCCUUGGAUUUGCGUCACUUGCCACAAGUUUAUUGCUAAUAGCUACUAGGAGCGUUAUUACGCAAUCCUGUACCGGGACACCGUUUCUUAUAGUGUGGUGUUUUGUAUCAAGUUUUAUCAUAUGGAGCGGAUUAACAUUAACAGUUAGCAAGAAAAUUAGAAAAAAAUUGAAUGAAUCUACUUCUGUUCGACCACUUGUCUUAUAUGUGGUGUCAAUUUUCUGCGUUUCGUGGUUAGUAGGAGGGAGUGUAAUAUCAUUUGAAAUCAUCGGCAAAAUCGAAGAUUGCUCAAGUGACGUUACAAGUGUAUCGUUUGCAACUUGUGUGAUCGGAUUCGUAUUUGGAGUAUUGUUCAUCUGCUUCGAAGUUUCAGGCUGACCAUGAAUGCUGUUAUUCAAAGGCUAUCACUGCGUGACGAUAAAUGUGACUUCUAGUAUGUUCAAAUUCGCCUAAUUGUUCGAACUGCAAUUUGAUGUUAAAACUGCAUUUACGCCAAUUUCGCGUUGAAGGCCUGAACACGAUGUCUGUUUAUCUGUGAUCGAGUUACAAUUUUCUGAAUAAGACGAGGAAAUUGGACGUAAAUUUAAUCAUAUUAUCUGUACACACACCAUAACAUUGUCAGGUUAUGAUAGCAAUUUUUUGUACUCUAGCAAAAUUAGAUAAUUUUAAUUGAAAUGACCACUAUAAUGUGGAUAAUGUUUACUUUAAAAAUCAAACUUCGUUCUGCAUCCACUAUCCCUGCUCAAUUCUAUUCGAUGUUCCACACAAUGGGUGCAUACGAAGGUGUCAGAAGUUUUUUACGUAAGCAACGUUUCGGUGUAUAUGUGUGCAU